GAACGUAUUUCCCUCUCCUCUGGUUUGACAAGCAACCUGACCAGCAGUUUGCCUCGCCAACCAGGUCACAAUCGGCCCACCUGCUCCAACCUCCUCUUCAUGCCGCUCGACGCGCCCAACGUAGGGCCCAGUCUGGGAGCCGCUUUCCUUACCACACCCGCUGCUGGUGCCACUUCCUAUUUUCCCGCGGCAGUCGCGUGCUCUCAAGGCAGCCUUGGCAGCAGUGGCGGCAUAGGGGCAUGGGGCGGCAGCGGCAGUAGCGCCUGUGGGUCAGCAUCUCUGACCACAGGCUCCGAUUCCUCGCUAACUCCUGCAAAUGGCAGCCUCGUCGACUUUGGCAGUCUGGCCGUUCAUCCCAGCGGCUUUGGGCAACCUCUACGGCGCUACAUGGCCGGCUACUCAACCUCCGGCCAUCUCCUGCCGCUAAAUCACGCUGCCGCUUCUGCUUCCACGACCACUCCUUUUCUCGUCAGUGGCGGAACAUUGGCCGCUUCUGGUCACCUAUCCGCUUCUUCAUACUCAACUGCAGGUUCGACUCUGCUGACUUCUGCCUCGGCGACGGCUGGAUCCUCCGGGCAACAUUGUGCCAAAUCGAACUCUCUCGACAGACUGGCUACAGCAGUCGGCGGUUUGACAAAUUGGGCUAGCAGCGGCAGCCUUGGCCUCUUGUGUGGACCCGGGUCUACCCUAUCUACCGCUGGAGACGUUGCUAGCGCUGGCGGUAGCGCAGUCGGUCUCGGGCCUUCAUCGCGCUUGCGCUCCCUUUGCAAUGAUGAGGUCACUGGUGGGGCAGAAUCUAGUUCUAACCGGCCUGGACAUGAAAUUGGGUCGACUGGAGGCACUGGCGGCGAAAUAUUCGGUACAGGUGGCGGUAUUUCUGGCGCUGUUGGCGGAUCUGGCAGCCAAGGAGACACUGCAAAUAACCAGGCUGCUGCCGGCCUGCUUGCCUCUGUCUAUGCCACACCUUACACUUCAGUUAUAAACACACUUUAUGUAUAUCCUAAACAAUUGGAUCUGAACGUAAAACAUAAUUUUACUCGAAUUCAUGUGGGUGAAGAGAUUCGAAGUUCGAUUCCACCAGAAGACGACGGCGGAUUCCUCUUGACCAGCUGUCGAUUGGCUUUACUGGAAGAUUCAUGCAUUUCCGAGGUAAUCUUCUUCGAUUCCGGUGAAAAGGUGCUAAGCUUUCGUCCGUCAUAUGACGAACAUCAUAGAAGACGGCGGAUUCCUCUUGACCAGCUGUCGAUUGGCUUUACUGGAAGAUUCAUGCUGACGCUGUUUCCGAGCAACGGCGAAUUUCUCUUGACCAGCUGUCGAUUGGCUUUACUGGAAGAUUCAUGCUGA